CUGCCGGCUGGGCUAAUGCUGGUCCCUCGGGCAGGGGCGCAGGCUGCGGGCUGGGGGGCACAGAGCGGGGAGAGCACCGCGGGUCCCAGCGGGCUGCCUCUGACGGCCACGUCUUCCUUUGGCACAGGGCGCUGUGCAGAGCUGCAGGUCCACGUCACCGAGGUCAUGGCCACAGCAGCCGAGCAGAGGGUCCUGAUCGCCCGCUUGGAGCAGGACCUCAGCACCAUCCAGUCCAUCCAGCGGCCGGACGCCGAGGGCGCAGCCGAGCUCGGCCUGGAGAAGAUCCCCGAGCCCAUCAAGGAGGCCACCGCCCUGUUCUAUGGACCCUCAGCACCAGGCAGCAGCACCCUCCCCGAGGGCCAGGUGGACUCGCUGCUCUCCAUCAUCUCCAGCCAGAGGGAGCGCUUCCGGGCCCGGAACCAGGAGCUGGAGGCUGAGAACCGCCUGGCGCAGCACACCAUCCAAGCCCUGCAGAGCGAGUUGGACAGCCUGCGCGCUGACAACAUCAAGCUCUUCGAGAAGAUCAAGUUCCUGCAGAGCUACCCUGGCCGGGGCGGCGGCAGCGACGACACAGAGCUGCGGUACUCGACCCAGUAUGAGGAGCGCCUGGACCCCUUCUCCUCCUUCAGCAAGCGGGAGCGGCAGCGGAAAUACCUGAGCCUGAGCCCCUGGGACAAGGCCACGCUCAGCAUGGGGCGGCUGGUUCUCUCCAACAAGAUGGCCCGCACCAUCGGCUUCUUCUACACACUAUUCCUGCACUGCUUGGUCUUCCUGGUGCUCUACAAGCUGGCGUGGAGCGAGAGCGUGGAGCGAGACUGUGCCACCUUCUGUGCCAAGAAGUUCGCCGACCACCUGCACAAGUUCCACGAGAAUGACAACGGGGCGGCAGCCGGUGACCUGUGGCAGUGAUGUCCCGGGGCUACCCCGACACGACAGUGAUGGCUGCACUCCCCACCCCUGCUUGUUCAGCUGCUUCUAAUGGCUUAGGCUUCCCUGGAGAAUCCCCAACGUAGACUGCCCUUGCCCUCCAGCCAACAGUGCCAGAGGUCCCCAGGUCUCCCUGGACUCCCUUAAAAGAUGGUCUCAGCCACAUCCGGCUCCCUAAAUCCAGAAAGCUCCCAAGGCCAAGCCAGACUGAGCCAAAGGGACCCCUUCAGGCCCAUCUCAGGCUGGUGACCCAGCCUGGGUGUCACCCGCAGCCUGACCACUAGCCCUGGUGGCAGAGACCUUCCAGCCGUGAUAUUGCUUUCCCACUGAUUCCGGCUGUGGUUAAUCCAGUUGGGAUCCCCUGGGCCUCUCUGUGCCAGGCCCCGGGAUCCCCUUGGGCUCCCCUAGGAUCCAUCACCAUCCCACCAAGGCAUGGAAACCCUUCCUUGCAGGCCAGCAGGCUUUGAGUUCAGCCUCGCCACCUGCCUUUGUCAUGGCCCCACCCCACCCCAAGACGAGAAGGAGCCCCAGAGGGCAGGAUAGUUUCUCUUACCCCCUCCCAGCCCCUUAGACCCACUAUGAUUUUUGCUUUCUUCUUCAGCAAGAUAUUCUGGCUUUUAGGUGAGGAGGAGGACCCAUGCCCCAGGCUCUUCAGACCCAAGGACUGGUCUGAGGGGCCCAAGUGCUUCUUGGCCAAGCAGAGCUGGCUGUGGGCCAUCCUAGCAUGGCCACCCUGGGGCCACUGGCAGAUCUUCCUAACUUAGAUUUGCACUUGCAUGUUCAGCUUUGCACAUUUUGAAUAAACACAUUGUUGCAGCCACA